GAUAGUUUUUCUCAAUUUUUUUUUAAAAGUUUAGUUAUUCUCUCUCGUUCUGUGUCCUUCGAUAUUUGGAAGAGCUAUCCGGGGAGAGAAAUAAAAACCACCAAACGGCUAUAAUUGACGUUACAAGUUUUUCAGAGAGGGAGAGAGAGAGAGAGAGAGCAAAGCCUGAAGAUCGUUGGGUUUUGAGGGGGAUUGCUUUGCCUAAUUUCGCUUCGAAAUUUCGGCCUUUGGUUCGUGGUGGGGGUUGAUCUGGGUCUUGACGAUCUGAAUUUUGGUCACUGAGAAAGAGGACUUUGGGUUUCUUCUUUAAUAUACAACAAACAGAGUAUCAUCAUGUCAGAUGGGUACUACUCUUCUAAUAAGAAGACUGAUGCUAUCUGCGAAGACGUUUGCGGCCAGCAGGGAACUCGUGCAGCACUGAGCAUGUCAAGACUCCGAUGUAUUUUGCAAGGGGUGGAUUUGAGGACCUAUAUAUUUUGGUUUGUGAUAGUCCCAUUAUGCAUUUUUGGUGGAUAUUUGCAUGGGCAAAAGAUCUCUUAUUUCCUGAGACCAAUAUGGGAAUCACCUCCAAAGCCUUUCCACAACAUCCCUCACUAUUAUCAUGAGAACAUAUCAAUGGAGACUCUUUGCAAACUUCACGGGUGGGGAAUUCGUGAAUCGCCUAGACGAGUCUAUGAUGCGGUUCUAUUCAGUAAUGAGCUUGACAUCCUUACAAUUCGAUGGAAUGAAUUGUAUCCAUAUGUGACUCAGUUUGUGCUUCUCGAAUCAAACUCAACAUUCACAGGCUUGCCUAAACCAUUGAUUUUUGCGGGCAACCGUGACCGGUUCAAGUUUAUUGAACCUCGGCUGACUUAUGGAAUGAUUGGAGGAAGAUUUAAGAGAGGCGAGAAUCCAUUUGUUGAAGAGGCGCAUCAGAGAUUAGCGCUGGACAAGCUUCUGAGAAUUGCUGGCGUAGAAGAUGAUGAUUUGUUGAUAAUGUCUGAUGUCGAUGAGAUUCCAAGUGGCCACACUAUUAAUCUCUUGAGGUGGUGCGACGACAGUACUCCGCCUAUCCUUCACCUUGGGCUUAAGAACUACUUGUAUUCGUUUGAGUUUUAUGUAGACAACAAAAGCUGGAGAGCUUCUGUCCACAGGUACAAGACUGGAAAGACUAGAUAUGCACAUUACCGACAGACUAAUGACAUUUUGCCAGAUGCUGGGUGGCAUUGUAGCUUUUGCUUCCGCUAUAUCAGCAAUUUUGUAUUCAAGAUGAAGGCUUACAGUCACUAUGAUCGGGUCCGGUUUUCUCAUUAUCUGAAUCACGAUAGGAUUCAGGAUGUAAUAUGCAAAGGGGCUGAUCUAUUUGACAUGAUUCCGGAGGAGUACACAUUUAAGGAGAUUAUUGGAAAGAUGGGACCUAUUCCUCAUUCUUAUUCGGCAGUCCAUCUUCCAACAUUUUUGUUGAAUAAUGCUGAGAAGUACAAAUAUCUGUUGCCUGGUAACUGCCAAAGAGAAGAAAGUAGUGGCUGAGUCUUGAAAGAUGGGGUGUCUUUUCAGAGAUUGGAGAUACAGAUUGUGCAUUGCACUGAACCGGGUCACUAGGACCAUUUGAUGGUUUUUGCUAAUCAGCGAUACAGGUAUACCUUAUAUAUCUAACAGUGUAGGUCACUCUCUAGAGAGAAGGGAAGAACUUGUUGGGUUAUUGGAGUUUGAGCGGAAACUCUGUAUAUCCUCUUUUAUGGGAGUUGGGGUUUCUUCCGACAUGGAGAGGAAUGCCAAUUUGCCAAGUAGGAAGCUCGUUAUCAGAGGGGAAUAUCUCUGUCAUGUUGGCAGGCAAGCUUAUGUACCAUUUCUUUCCGAAAAAUGAUGUUUGCACAUCAUUUACACACC